ACCAUCUCCGGUUGACUUGAACGGUUUUGAGAACGUGGCCCUAGUUCAAGGCCGUGCAGUAUUGUCGCAAGUAUGGGCUCGCCACUGGAGGGCUGCGUGGCCUCGUUGCGCAACAGCAUGCAACUGCUGGAUUCAUCCAUACACAUACUAGACGAGGGUGUGAACGACUUCCCAAGACUCUCCAAAGUGCUUCAGACAACCAGACACUUCGAACUCAUCUCUGAAUCCGACCUUCAAACCGCCCAAUCCGCACUCCUCUCCGAGAUCCGACCUGAAGUCGACAACCUCCUCAAGCGCGUAGAAAACCACCUCGAUAAACUGGAGCGCCGCGAGCAAUCACUUCUGGCGAAAUGCGACUUGAACGACGGUCGACUAGGACGCGACAGCGUGGGCGCAUCGGCAUCCAGACCGAGUAGUAGGAAUGCCCAGAAGAGCGGGAAAAGUAUCAGUGCGCAGCAGGAGUUGAAGUACAAGCAGUUGAUGUCCAGGAAGGGCAGGUUGAGUUAUGCAGUAGAGACGCUGGAGAUGCAGGCCAAGCAGAGGGAGAGGCAGCUGAGGAUGAGCAUGGCGGCGCCGCAGCAGUUUUACGAUGAUUGAACACUAGGACGAUGGUAUGAGUAUGGUAGGACAUGGAACAAGACACGGAGUGUGGCAUGUAUUAGACGGGUUGCAUUACCUAGGCGAUUCGAACGUCGGCGCUUUGCAUUUAAGAUACCCUUUGGCGAAUGGAUCAUCGAGCAUCAUGUUUUUCUAAAAGCAGAUGGUUUUGGACUCUACACCUCCUUGAACCCGUU